GCAGCGCUCCAGGGGAGUUUGUGUGCGGGCAGCACCGCCUCGGCUGUCCUGGAGCAUGAACCAGCAGACCUGGGGCUGCUCCUGGCCUAUGUGCUUUUAGAGCAAUGCUGCUGGCUUGCAGAGCAGCAUGGGGAGCCUCGGGUCUGACACCUACCUGGAGAAACUUCUGGAAGGCAUCAGCAGGCUUCGCACCCAGAAAGCACUGUGUGAUGUAACGCUGGAGGCAGAAGGGGUUUGCUUUCCAGCGCACAAGAUCAUUUUAGCAUCAGCAAGUAAUUACUGCAAGAUUCUAUUUGUUGGGAAUGCGACAAGGACCGGGAGCACGGACGGAAGCGUCCAUCUGAAUGCUGUCAGUGCCGUGGGGCUGAGCAACGUCCUCAGCUUCAUUUAUUCCAACAAAUUAGAUCUCUCGUUACAGAACGUUGAGGAGACAUUCAAGGCUGCAGAAGCCCUGCUGGUUGGAGAGGUGAUCAAGCUGUGUUUCCGAUUUCUGGAGAGCUGCUUGAGCAGUGAGAACUGCGUGGACGUUCUACGCAUUGCCAAAAAACUUGGCCCCACGGAGCUGAGAGAGAAGGCCAUGAGCUGCGUAAGGCAGCAUUACAAACAGCUCCUGGCCGACCCUCAGAGCCUGAAGGAUCUGGACAGAGGAACCCUCUGUGAAAUCUUAGACAGGACCACCGCAGAGGGAAGCGGUGAGCUGGAGCUGCUCAGAGCUGCUGUGAGCUGGCUGCAGCACGACCGCACACGGCUGAAAUACAUGGGGGACAUUUUAAAGCGCAUCGGAUUCCCUCUCGUCCCUUUCCGUGAGCUGCAGCGCUACGCCCAGGAAAUCCCUUUGACGAGGCUGGACUGGGGCUGCCGCCGGCUCCUCCAGGACGCCCUGACCCACCACCCCCAGCUCUGCACACAGCGGCCCCGGCAGACCCCACACACCGCCCUCUGCUCCACUUCCCCUGCGCUGCUCAUCGCUGGCGGCAGAACCACCACCAACAGCAUCUGCAGAGAGAUGUGGGCUGCAGAGCAGAGCUGCGGCACCUGGCGCAAAGUUGGGGACCUCUGCGUGCCCCUGUACAACCACUGCAUAGUUGUCAUCGAAGACUUCCUCUUUGUCUUGGGGGGGCAGAGCAUGUUUGAUCCCACAGGAAAGCAGCCGUCAAAUGAGGUGUUCCGAUUCGACCCAUGCAAUGCUUCCUGGCUCCAGCUCGCCAGCAUGCUGCAGCGGCGGACGCGCUUCCACGCAGACGUGCUGUCAGACCACAUCUUUGUGGUGGGGGGUGGGACGCUGCUGGGGACCCUCACCCACACCGUGGAGUCAUACCAGCCGGCUGCCAACAAGUGGGAGUUUGCAGCUCCCUUCCCCAUACCUAUUGCUGACCACGCGGGCACAACCCAUGAGGGAAUCCUCUACAUCUCAGGGGGUUUCUCAGCAGGCAGAACCUUACCAGACACCUUCAGCUUCCUCCCUCGCCUCCGGCGCUGGGCACACAACCGUGCCAUGACCUUCCCCCGCUGCGAUCACGGCAUGGCUGCCACCAAAGAUGGGAUCUUUUGCAUCGGAGGAAGGACGCUGAAAGGAGUGGAGCAAUGGAUUCACGUCAGUGAGACAGAGUGUUACUGUCCUGUAAGCGAUCAGUGGACAACGCUCACACUGUCCCCGUUCAGCCGCUGCCAGUUCAGCGUCACAGCCCACAGGUCGACGCUUUACCUCACAGGGGGUGGACUGCUACAGCACAUGCGAAAGGAAGACAGUGUUUACCUGUACGACACCGAGGGGCAGGUAUGGAAGAGAGCCGGCCCCCUGCCCCGAGCUCUGGUUGAUCACGCCUCCUGCAUGGUUAAGCUGCCCCAGGCUAACGCAGCUGGUGAGCCGAGGAGGGGCACAGAGCGCCGCCUGACCAGCAGAAGGCAGAAAGCAACUCUGAGCUUGUUAGCCGCUAAGAGACAGGGGCCGAGCACUGCUUCCAAGGGGAAGUAGGACGUGGAAAGCUCCAUCAGAUGUGACAGUGUUUGCCAAGACCUCAGUAUUUUAGCCACCUGUCUAGCUCCCCAGCCAAACGGUUUUAGCUGUGAUUUGGAACUGAUGCUUCUGAAAGAACUUUGGAAUCAGCCUCUAAUGUUUUCCUUACAAACACUGCUGAGUGACAAAUUAAAUACUCACACAGACAAUUAAGACUGUCUUGCCACUCAGUUAGGACCGCAGGGCCCUCUGAUGACAGCCUUGACCUCAACCAGCAGAGCAGAGAACCUCCUUCAGUGAUCGUGACUCAACCUGCGGCACUUCAGCCACAGUAUGGGGUAAACCCAUCAGAACGGAGAUCCUGAGAAGUCAUCUCAUGGACAGUCAGCAGUGUGAGGGGCUGCCACGGCUGAAACCUCAUACAGUACAGAACAUCCUAGGGGGAAAGUGGAGCUGUACAGCUCCCACAGUACACAGCCCACACAACGAGACAACUCUACAUAGAGGUGCUUCUGGAGAACAAGAUUUUAAAUAAAAGAUCCAUCUGAUAAGAUUAACUCAC